CGGCCUCGGAUUGGGAUCUCGCUGGUAGCGGCGGUGACUGACUGACUGACUGAGAGGGGGCAAUGCGAGCGGUGGGGGCUCUGGCCGCGCUCUUCGCCCGCGGGCUGGCCUACGCCUGUCACACGGCAGUACCGCACUGUCGAGUCCGAUGCUUGUCCUCCAAAGCAGAUCCUCAGCUGAAAGUUUGUGUUGUUGGUAGUGGUCCUGCAGGUUUCUACACUGCCCAACACCUGCUUAAGUACCAUGAAUCAUCCGUGGUUGACAUCUAUGAGAAACUGCCUGUCCCAUUUGGCCUUGUGAGAUUUGGUGUUGCCCCUGACCAUCCAGAAGUGAAGAAUGUCAUCAAUGCAUUUACCCAGACAGCACAUCACAACCGCUGCUCGUUUUAUGGCAAUGUUGCUGUUGGGAAGGAUAUAAGCAUAGAAGAACUGAAACAAGCUUACCAUGCUCUGAUACUGACUUAUGGAGCUGAAACUAAUCGAACGCUUAAUGUUCCUGGUGAGAAUCUACUGGGUGUCUAUUCUGCAAGAACAUUUGUAGGCUGGUACAACGGUUUACCUGAAAAUAAAAAUCUGAAUCCUGAACUGAGCAGUGAGACAGCAGUUGUCCUGGGACAUGGAAAUGUGGCGUUGGAUGUGGCCAGGAUUCUCCUGUCUCCAAUUGAUUUACUCAAGAAAACAGAUAUCGCUAGCCAUGCUUUGGAAGCUAUAGCAGCUAGCAAUGUGAAGCGGGUACUAAUCGUUGGACGAAGAGGACCUCUCCAAAUUGCCUUUACCAUAAAGGAAUUGCGUGAGAUGAUUAAUUUGCCUGGUACUCGUCCAUUGCUCAAUCCCAGUGACUUUGUGGGGCUCAAGCAGAUUGUUAAAGACCUGCCAAGACCAAGGAGACGGCUAACUGAACUACUGAUAAAAACUGCACUUGAAAAGUCUUCUGGGAAAGAAGCUGAGCGCCAUGCUGCAGCUACCAAGGAAUGGGGUCUUCAGUUCCUACGGAGCCCCUUGGAAAUUAUACCAAGUAAUGAUGGCAAACGUGUAGCUGGGAUUCGGCUAUCUGUUAACAAAGUGGAGGGUUUAGGAGAGUCUGCAAAGUUCGUGCAAACAGAAGACGUUGAAGAUCUGGAGUGUGGAUUGGUGCUGAGCAGCAUUGGCUAUAAAAGCUAUCCCAUUGACCCUUGCAUUCCAUUUGAUCAUCAACUAGGAAUUAUCCCAAAUAAUUUUGGACGGGUCCUGCAUGCACCAGGCCUUUACUGCAGUGGCUGGGUAAAAAGGGGACCGACUGGAGUCAUUGUAACCACAAUGCAUGAUGGCUUUGAAACAGCUGAGACAGUGCUGGAGGAUGUACGAUCAGGAUUACUAGAUGUGUCUGCUUCAAAAGGAGGAUCUAAAGUAAUCGAGACUUUGCUUAAACAACGAGGUAUUCGCCCAGUUACGUUUCCUGAAUGGGAAAAGAUUGACAAUGUUGAAGUGGCAAAUGGAGAGAAAGCAGGCAAACCCAGAGAGAAACUGCUUGAUGUGCAACAGAUGAUAGAAGUGGCCAAUCAGUGAAAAUGCGGCCCCGUGAUGUCCUUACUUCAUCACGUCAUUCUUCUUAUUCUUCUGUUCUUCUUCUAACUUAAUGCAGAACAGUUCCUCAGUUUGUGGUUUUAAAGAGGCAGAAUCAUUGAGAUUAAGAUGAGUGAGGAGGCCCAAUUGGUUUAUCUUGGGUCAUCCUUCUAAUUAAAGCCUGCCGUUCCUUUGGCUGUGAAUCACAGAAUCCAGCUGAUUCUUUACUUUUUUUUAAUCGUUUUGAAAUUGAUCAUUCCCAGUGUGAAGAGCUUAAACUUAGGACUGACAAUGAGUUUCAUCAGUAUAAGUGUGUGUCCACUCCUAUUAGAACAUAGAACAUAGAACAGUACAGCACAGAACAGGCCCUUCAGCCCACAGUGUUGUGCUGACCAUUGAUCCUCAUGCAUGCACCCUCAAAUUUCUGUGACCAUAUGCAUGUCCAGCAGUCUCUUAAAUGACCCCAAUCACCUUGCUUCCACAACUGCUGCUGGCAACGCAUUCCAUGCUCUCUAAUUUAAGAAGUAUUAUACCUACUUUGCUAUUACUAAUUUGCUGUUUAAAUCUUAAAUAUCUCCUAAAAGGUCUCCACUUUGGACGAUUCUUGAGUUUUUUUCCUCACAACCAGAACGAUUUGGUUUUCAAGAGAUUUUCAGGAUUGAAUUGUAGGACGUGAUGUCAAAAAGCAGCAGCAAAAUAUCCUGGACUGCCAGUCUGUUUAAAAAAUCCUAGCCAGUUUAGCUUAGUAGGACUUGUUCAUAUCAUGGCAUCUUGCACUAAAAUCUGCACUGCCCUUGCAGUUUGAAUGUUAUCCUUGUGGUUUGGUGUGUAUACCAUGGACAUGUUAAGUGUGGUCUAGGUAGAGCACCAAUUUCAGCAUGGCAUUCUCUGACGACUCCUGAUUUAGCACCAUUGUUCAGUGUUCCAUUUGUUGGUUACUGGUUUACCGAGACUGGAUACAUUAAUUACAGAAGUUGCUAACAGCCUUUUAAUUUUACUUGUAUGUAUUAUGACGUUUUAAACAAUAUAUUAACUAGUUCCUUCAUUUGUGCCUUCCAUUUCAUUCCAUCUGACACUUUUAGAGCCCCUAAAUUUGUGUCUAACUUGUUGCUGGAUCUUGGCUCUCUCAUCAGACUUGGUGCCAUCUCUGUUUUUUGAUCAGUUUUUAAUGAGCCUGAUGGUUGUAAAUAAGGAGCAGCACAGAUAACGAUGCAGAUCCACUCUUCUCCAACUCUGCCCCCUCACUCCCAAUGAACAAUGCUGCUAGACAUCUCUGAAAAGGGUACAUUUUUGUCUUUAGUUGUCUGUCUUAUGAUCAUCAACUACCACCUCUCUCCAAUCCAAACAAUAGUGUAGCUUUUGGCCAUAUAACUGUGGAUUGUGGAGUUCUUUCCACCGAGUUAAACUUUUUAAUACAAACCUUCAGACCUUCUCUGUCACUGCCAAAUGUUUAAUGACUGAGUUUUCCCUUCCAUUCCCUUAAACAGAAAAGUUUCAAGUUUGAAGGACUUUGUGAAGUAUUAUUUCCUGACAUCUGUUCUAGCCUUGAGCACUUUUUGUGCCCACCUUUUGUUAUGAACAGUAGGAGCUGCUCAUAGCUCAGUCACCUUGCGCUUCAAAUCUGCUCUGGGCCUUUACAGUUUUCCUCCUGUUUUGGUGAGCAAGUCUUUAUCCACUUGUGACUUUGUUUCUCUUGUGUCCCAUCUGUUGUGUGUCAGAAGUGGAAUCACGAAAAGCUUCAAGAGGUCAUAGGAUUUGAUGUGAUCGAUAAAUGGAGGAGGAAGUUGGAUGAGCUGUGCUGGGCGAGUAGUUUGUGCGCAGAUGUUUUAUUAAAUCACCAGAACUGAACUAACUUGUCUCGGACUGAUUGAAAAAUACUUACAAUGCAAGUAAUUGGAAGUAAUUUGCAUAUCUUGUAUUUACUUUGCAUAAUGAUUGCAAAAGCCUACUUUUAAAGCAGGGAAGCCAUAGGCUUGGAAAUUACUUUUGAAAUUUCCCAGUUUGAUGCCUGUUUAAUUCUAUUAAUUGGGUUUGCAGGCUGAAUUUGAAGAAUUAAGUAUUCUAAUAGAAAAUACUGGUAGUGAGAUAGCGCAGUAAAACUUGCCUUGUUAAUGCUGUCUGUUGCAUAAUUUAGAGUAAAGGUUAUCCUGUCUGUCGUUGCUGUGUCGAUCUGUAGGGGGUUAAACAGCAAUUUGUUUGCCUAAAAUUCUAGCAGUGGUAAACAUUGAAUUUUUUUUCUGUUGGAAUGUGGUUUUUUUGAAUUGAAACAACUAUACACAAGAUUGGCAGUUGUUUGAUUCACAAGUUCCAGGUCAGUGCUCGGAAUCAUAAGGUUUUACAUUGGCCUCUGUAGGUUUCCUACACCCUUGGGAGCUGACCUUGGAAAAUCCAGCAUGUUAGCACGAGGUGGUUAGUUGUGCUAACGACUUGCACUAGGAACUGUUGGAGUAAGCAUCCCUCUUGAGGCCAAUAUGGAAGCAAUUUAACACGUCUUCACCGGUUAAUAGCAUUCCAAUUAACCCAAAAAUAACUAACAUAUGUUUUUGAGAAGAAAGGCAGCUUUAUUCUCAGUCAGAUGUAAAACUGAGGGUGAGACCUUUGAAUGUUACAGUAUUGAUAUGGCUAGUUCAGUGAGCACUUUCUUAAAAAAAAUCCGUCUUGUAUAAUGUUGGGUCUUUUGCAAUUCUCAAUUUUAAGUUCGGUUUUAAAUAAUUGUCAAAACACUCUGUGGUUUGUUCCUCACUGGCAGAUUUAGACAUCAUAGACAUGUUUAACAAAGUGUACAUAAUUUUUCAUGCAUUCUUGUCUGUUUUAUUGUUUUGAGCAGGACAAAAACAAUUUAUAAUUAUGCACUUUAAAUGCCUUGAACUUCGCAGCCUGUUUCUGCAGAAGCAACCAAGUUCCCAAUUUGUUUUUGUUACCAAACAAUGGAACAUUGAGACCACCCCCAAAGCUAAGCAGGCCCACACAGUUGGCGAUUGCUCUUUCAUUGAACUCGGAGCUGCACUGAAAUUUACCUCAAACUAAUGGACAUGAAUUUGUCUGCUGACCAGUGUUGAGUAAAUAGGUAUUUAGCGCUGAUUCUUACUGGAUGUGUGCACUGUUGACACAGUCACUUCACACUCCAUGUCAACUGAUCCAUAAUGCCUGAUACAACAGUUUUUUCCAUUUCUCAACGGUGCAGUGGUUGAGGGAUGGGGGUCGAAAGUCUCAUCAAAUUGUGGUUGCCACUCAUUGAAGGAUCUUUUCACCUUUUAUAGGUUAUGCUUGGUGCUUGAUGCCUGUAAACGGUCCAUUAUUGUUCUGGAUGAUAGCCAUUUUAUGCAAGUUUCUGAACAGAAGGUUUUACUGACUUAGUUUUUUUUACGGGAGGGGAAAUAAGUGCACUGGAACCAUGGCUCUGCCAGACUUCCUUGCGCAACUUGGGAAGAAAUUUAGAAGCAGUGUGCCAAUCUCUGUGUAGUUUGACUAGUAACAGAAUCUUCUGCUAAUUGGAGCAAUAAAGAUUUUGAUAAACUGGCUAACCUGACCUGAUUGAUUAACUAACUGUGUGUUUUCAAAGCAAAUUAAAGUAGUUUAUUGGCCUUUGGUUAUGUUUAGGGUUCUGGUAACGGUUUCCAUUGGAAACUGGGUUCCUAAUUUCAAAGUAUUGAUGUCAAAAUGUGUAGUUGUGGCAGGUCACCUAAUCAAUUUAAUUUGAGCGUGAAAUUUGAAAGAGGUUUGCUGAUAAAGUCCUGUGAAAAGUAGACUCUCAGGUCACUCUCAUUUCUCAUUGCCUGCCACAGUUGAUUCUUGAGCUUAUUUCAAGUUUGGCAGGUAGGUCCUUGAAUCUGUACAAGAGCUCUCCCUGCUGAUGCUUUGCUGUGCAUAUUAACCUACUUUCUUUUUGAUCUGUGUGCAUUGGCUUUGGCAGUCGAUAGUGUCAUGAUGUGACGUUGCAACAUGUUUUUUCCUAAGAUGUCUACAUUUUGAGGCCUGAGAUUUGCAGCAAAGUGCCCUAUUGUUUGUGGGUAAUCUAUAUGAUAGCUACAAGGCAGAAAUAGACAGUGGAUUUUGAAAGACUCAGCUGCUUGCUUGCGAUCCCAGACCGGCGUGCAACUUCUCAGUCCUGUUGGCUGUGCCUCUUUAGUACCUAUAAUGUUCUUUUUAUCUAUUAAAACAAUACUUUUGUUUCCUUCAGUUAACUAUGUGAAAUAAGUUCUGAAAAAAAAGUUUUUUUGUACACGUUUUGAGAUUCUGAAUGUAUUUAAAAUCAAGCUA